UUCACUCCAGCUGCGCCCGCCGCCCGCCGGUGCGCUCCGGCAGGUCGCCGCACGCUGCGCCCCACAUCCCCGCGGACGGCUUCGCGGGCGCAGAUCGCAGAGACCCGGGGGCUUUCGAGGAGCUUGGCGCGGCCCUCGUCCCAGCCGGGGAGGUCGGAGCGUCCGGACCCGCAGGCAGAGUGCUCCGAAGAGCUCGACACAUGUUCCUGGUUCUCAUCAAAGAAGAUUCAUGUAAGUGCCAAUGGACACCUGAUCCCCUGGCUGCCUUCGUCUGAAAACAAGAAGUUUUGUUGUGCUGACUUGCCUGCCUGCAAUCUUUGCUGAUGCUAUCAUAAAAAACAAAAUGCUGAUUCUGUCCGUUUUAACCCCUGUGUGAAACUGACUUUUAACAUUCUUGCACAUUCUUUAACCCUCCAUGAAACAUGUCUGAACCUGACUCUUCAUCUGUAUUUUCCGGUAACGUGGAGAAUGGAACUUUCCUUGAGCUCUUUCCUACAUCCCUGUCCACAUCGGUGGACCCUUCCUCAGGCCACCUGUCAAAUGUCUACAUCUAUGUGUCCAUAUUCCUCAGCCUUUUAGCAUUUCUGCUUCUGCUUUUAAUCAUUGCCCUCCAGAGGCUCAAAAAUAUCAUCUCCUCCAGCUCCUCCUACCCAGAGUACCCGAGCGAUGCUGGUAGUUCUUUCACCAAUUUGGAAGUCUGUAGUAUUUCCUCUCAAAGGUCCACUUUCUCAAACCUUUCCUCAUGAGGAAAACAGAAGAAUUCUUGAAUGCCGCAGCAGCCUCCAUUUUCCUUUGCGGGAAGUGUCACAUGUCACAUAUUUCUUUCUUCAUGAAAGAAAUAAUCCCUUUCUUUUCCAACCAAGGAGACCUGUUUCUCCUCCUUCACCCCUCAUUUCUACUUCCAUUCAUGAUGCUUUUCAUUUGUGAAUGUAGGAGUUGAUGCUGACUCAGAGAAAUGUGUGCAAACCUUGAGGGGCAGAAUUGCACACAGACCACCUGACAAAUCCAGAGCGGACUUCUUCAAGGUGGAUCGGUCAUUUCACUCUGCUGGACACCAGAGGCAGAAAUCACACGAGACGGCCUCACCGUGGGUGCUGGAUAUGGACUCUCGCACUUCAUUUCUCUUACAAAACCGUGACCAACCAAGCCAGCAGGAAAUGGCAAAAUUAAGUCUGAGCUAUUUAGAAGACAUUUUUCAUAUAUAAAAGAUAAAGUGGGAACAUCAAAUUAAAAAAAAUCAAUUUAAUGUAUAACAUUCCUAAAACCGGAGGCAAAAUAUGCUAAAUGUUUUUUCACUUUAACAAAUGAAAAUCACAUUUACUGAUGAAUUAAGUCAUUAUGGAAAAGUUGUGGAAGAGUUUAACUUUUACUAGCAAGACAAAUAUGUGUUAUGAUGCAGUCUAUAAUGUAUUUUUGCUUCUUGGUUUUUUUCCUUUUCUACUUGUGUUAUAGUCAUAAUAUCCCUACUGUUGUAGAAUUCUUUGUGAUAAUUGCUGUUAUUAAGAGAAACACCCUGAGACACUAAGAAUUUUUAUUUUAUAGCUAUACUUUCCAUUAGUGGAAAUUAAGCAUAUGGAAAAAUAUUCAUUUAGUUCUGUUUUCUGCAGUAAUAACUCCUAGCAGUAAUGUAAGCAUGUUCCUUUAUUCAGUUUCAUAGUCUUUACAAUUUUAGUGCAGAAUUCUGCUAAGGCUCCCAGAUGUCAGAUGUUUGUUCACCCACAUUAGAUUGCAAAACUUGAGGGACUAAAUUGCUACUUCACAUAUUAUUAUAUACUCUGUGAAUGUUACAUGUCUCUGAUAAUUAGUUGUUCCACGUUAACAUAACACUUUGCAUUAGAACCCCAGGAUGUGGGUUUUUAUUAAAAAUUAUAGCCGUUCAAGUUGCAUAGCUACUGAGAACUUAGUGAUCCUGGGAGCGGACAUACUCUGAUCACCCAAGCACUCAACUGGGGGGCUUUGUCAAUGAAGUGCGGCUUACAUGUGAGCACAGACUUAGAAUAUGGAAGAAAUCAAGCUCCCUCUAAAAACAAAGCAAAUAAACUACAGCUUCUGUAGAGUAAGAACUUUAAUUUAAUUUUAAAAAUAAAAAAUGGCCCACAGCAUAAACAUUGAACUUGGUCAGCCUACGGAGCCCACUGCAUCAGCAAGCCCUGUCUUCCCUUGGCACCUGGAUCAUGUCUUGUUAAAAACACUUUCUAAUCUUCAGUACUGGAGCCUCAAUACACCCUUUGGAUUGAUUGUGCAGGCGACACCAUCUAGUAACUCAAAUGGGAUAAAGAACCUACCAUUUUUACAGUAGAUCUUUGUCAUUCCAAAAUGCUGAGACAAAUGAGGACUGGUAAUGAGGAUCUGAAGGUUGCUUUUUUUUUUUAAUCCAUAAGCUUCACUUAAAUCAGACCACACUGAACUAUUUAUAUAAAAAACGUUCCCAGACACCGUAAGACCUGCACAGAACUGAUGUUAUAAAAUGUGUAAUUAGUGAAACCUUUGUGUCAGCUGCCGUUUGAAGCGUGGCCGUGUGUUACAGUAUUACCAUGUUCACUGCUGGACUAGAAGAAUGCCAUUACUUUACAUCAUUUUCAGCAGUCUCUGAGUGUGUGUGUGUGUGUGUGUGUGUGUGUGUGUGUGUGUACUUUAGAUCAUUAUCUGUGGUCUCUGAGUAUGUGUGUGUAUGUGUACUUUAGAUCAUUAUCAGUGGUCUCUGAGUGUGGGUGUGGGUGUGUACUUUAGAUCACUUUCAGUGGUCCCUAAGUGUGUGUGUGUGUGUGUGUACUUUAGGUCAUUAUCAAUGGUCUCUGAGUAUGUGUGUGUAUGUGUAUUUUAGAUCAUUAUCAGUGGUCUCUGAGUGAGUAUGUGUGUGUGUACUUUACAUCGUUAUCAGCGGUCUCUGAGUAUGUGUGUACUUUAGAUCAUUAUCAGUGGUUUCUGAGUGUGUGUGUGUGUGUGUGUGUGUACUAAUGUAUAUGUAUUUUUUCACCCACUCCCAAUAAAAAGUUGUGUGAAAGCUACAGGAUUA